ACAGAAAAAGAUUCUGUGGAAUUUGUGUGUGUGUGUGUGUGUGUGUGUUUUUUCUCCCUCUCCUCUCCAUACCGAGCAUGUAGAAGUUAUUUGUGCACUCGGCUGCUCGUGCCGUCAGACGUCCCGAUCCACACUCCGUGCCUCUAGUCCUGCUUGGAGCCGCCAUGAAGCCCUGGCUGCUGUUAGUGCUGGUCCUGCUGUGGUCACAGCUGGAGAACGGACUUGGCCAGGAGACCAGACGCAGGCAGGAGCCGGGUGAGACUCGGACAAGGUUGAGUGGCAAGAGGGUGAAAGGUCGCCUUCCCAAACUGAAGGAGAAGGAAUCAGCUGGAAGGGCAGGGUCAUUGCUCACACAGGUCCUAGACAAGGGCCGCUUCCUGCGCCUGGGCAACAGCCUCAUAGUGCAACCAGGGAAGGACCUGGAGCUGCGCUGCAAAGGAGCCAAGGUGGGCUGGGCGUACCCAGCCUACCUGGACACCUAUAACGACUCACGGCUCAGCAUCAAACAACAAGACAAAUACAGCCAGCUGAUCUUGACAUCGCCCUCAGCUUCUGACACCGGGGAGUACAGCUGCUGGCCUGUGCUGUGUGAUGGAGUGGAGUGUGAAAAGGACCCAGAUCGUACCUCUUCUACGUACAUCUACUUCACAGACAAGGAUGAGCUCUUUGUCCCAUCUACUAUCCACUUUGAGAUUGUCUACCUGCGACCAGACCAGCCAGCUGUGGUGCCGUGCCGAGUGACCAAUCCCCAGAUCGAGGUGUCCCUUCACAGGGAGGUGCCCCCAGAAGAAGUGCCUGUGGAUGGGACUCACAUCUCAUUCAACCCCACCAAGGGCUUCCUCAUUCCACAGCCCCGCCCCAAGCACAUGGGUGUCUUCUACUGCAAGGCCGCCACUAAGGAGGCACUACAGAUUUCCAACAAGUAUCAACUGCUUUAUGUGGAAGUUCCCAGCGGCCCUCCCUUUGUUACCAUCAAAGCAUCCUCCUCCUCUCUAAAGGGGGGUGACAAUCUCAACAUUACCUGCACUGUCCUCGGGGAGCCAGAGGUGGAGGUAGACUUUACCUGGACUUUUCCAGGCCAAGGUCAGCGCCCGGUGGACAUCCGUGAGUCUUGGCGUUUGAUCUCCCGAGGCAUGGGUCACACCACCCGUAUCUCGCAGAGCGUGCUCACACUGGAAGACAUGGAGACCAUUGACUUUGGGAGAUACAUCUGCAGAGCCAAAAACAAAUAUGGCGAGACAUCUGUGGCCACCCAUGUGGACCCCCUCUAGCCAACAUACUGAUUUCAACGUCGGGUAGAACAGCUGCCCUUUAUAGCAUAUCCUCUAUUUUUAGUUAAGACUCAUCCCACUGAUGUGUUUUACUCAUAUCUGUCUCAUUCCUGUACCUUGUAGGUUAUAACUAAUAUUAGCCAUCUCAGAAUUGCCUUAUGUUGUCUGUGUUAUUGAAUUUUGGGAGUGUAAAAGUUGGUCGAAUUAAAUGCCUAGGA